AUGCCAAAAACACCAAGAGACCCGAAGAAAAUACCAAGACGCGCUACGCAGAACAGCACACGAGCCUGCAUUCACGGCGCUGGCUGGGCAUGCUGGGCUCGGCCCUUGGUCGUCCUUGGGGGUGAGGGCGCAUUGAGGGAGGGCCACAGGGCGUUUGACUGCGGCUGUCAUGGGUGGUUGGCUUGGGGGUGGAGUGGUCGCCCGCACAGGGCGUUUCUUAUCGUCGUGAGCGGGCUGCUGAGCUUACAGUACGGCCAGCCAGCUAGCAAGGACAUCAGAUGGAGUGAAUUGGAUUCUGGCCUGCAUGCAUCUCCUUCAUGGCCGGUUUCCCGGUUGACCAACGCCCUUUUUGCGUCAUGCAUUCGUCCCAUCCGCCCACCCACACUCAACUGA